AUGAACCAAGCCGUUUUGAAAGAGACAAGAAAAUGCUCGGAAAAUAUGAUUCUAAAGCCUGGACCAGAGUGUCCUUUGCCACCGCGAAAUGAUGCAAUGAGGAAAGAAGAUGCAGAGUGUGGAUCACUGAUGUCUGAUAAAUCUCGGACCUAUCAUUUUUCCGGCCAGAGAAGAGUCGGAGAAAGAGAUAUCUCGGUUAGAAUGUGUUCACGUCUUCUUAGUAGCGCAGCUUUGUCUCCUCCUCCUGCACAUGUAAACAUAUACUUCUUUCUACUGUACUGUGACUCUGCAUUUGUCGUAUGUAUUCUUCUCAUGUAA